CUUUUGCAUAUUUUUUUUUUUUUUAAAAAGAAGCUUAAAGGAUGGCUGAAUACAAAGCUCGUCAGGUUGGUGCCCUUAACACUCUUGAGUUCCGUCUCUUCUUUGAGAAGAACGGUGUCCCCGUCUCUCCCUUCCAUGAUAUCCCUCUUUUCGCCAACGCCGAGAAGACUAUCUUGAACAUGGUUGUUGAGAUUCCCCGUUGGUCCAACGCCAAGUUGGAGAUCUGCAAGGAAGAGGCCUUCAACCCCAUUGUCCAGGACACCAAGAAGGGAAAGCUUAGAUUUGUCCGCAACUGCUUCCCCCACAAGGGUUAUAUCUGGAACUACGGUGCCUUCCCCCAGACUUGGGAAGAUCCCAACCACCAGCACCCUGAGACCAAGGCCCGUGGUGACAACGAUCCCAUUGAUGUUAUCGAGAUUGGUGAGCAGGUUGCUCAGGUUGGUCAGAUCAAGCAGGUCAAGGUCCUCGGUGUCAUGGCUCUUUUGGACGAGGGUGAGACUGACUGGAAGGUCCUUGCCAUCGAUGUCAACGAUCCCCUUGCCCCCAAGCUCAACGACAUUGAGGAUGUUGAGAAGCACUUGCCUGGUUUGGUCCGUGCUACCAACGAAUGGUUCCGCAUCUACAAGAUCCCCGAUGGCAAGCCCGAGAACGUCUUUGCCUUCAGCGGUGAGGCCAAGAACAAGAAAUACGCCACUGAUAUCAUCCACGAGACCCACGAGGCCUGGAAGGGUUUGAUCUCUGGUGCUUUCGACAAGAAGGAUAUCAACACCUCCAACGUUUCUGUUGAGGACUCUCCUUACAAGCUCUCUACUGAUGAUGAGGUCGUCACCUCUGUCCCUGCUGAGAAUGUCUUGCCUCCUGCCCCCAUUGAUGCUUCCAUCGACAAGUGGUUCUUCAUCAGUGCCCACAACCUUUAAAUCAUUUAUCUAUAUUUUUAUGUUGCUGUUUUUCUUUCUUGAAAUCUGUGAUUCCAAAUGAAACCUCUAUAUUUUUUCUUUCCAUUAUUGUCCGUAGUAUCUACUUUAUCUUCUUUGUUUAAGAUCCAUGUCAUGUAUGCAUAACAUGUGCAUAUAUAUGUAUAUGUUAAAAUGACUGAUAAGAAAUUAUUACUUUAUUUUUUUGUCUAAAAAAAAAGCACGCAAUUAUAAAUAUACAAAGCGUGUGCAAAUCACAAUUCCCCCGACAACACAGAGAGAGAUACAAAUAGAUGGAUUUUAAAUAUCCGUUCCUAUCCUAAAAAUAUAAAAUAAAGCAUCGAGGGUUUUGUUGUAAGUU